AUGUCGUGUGAAUUGAAGGUUGUUGCAAGUCUGAAAGGGCAUAAGGACGAGGUGAGAGGGCUGAAAGCGGUGCGAGUGGAAGGAAAGGAGCUGCUGUAUUCGGGGUCGAAGGACAAGAAGGUGUUUGGCUGGGACCUGCAUAGCAAGAUUGAGUCUGAUUAUGGAAGGCUCGAGAAGGUGUAUGAGAAUGGGCACACUCAGAGGAUCAAUGGGAUUGAUGUGUCUAAGAAUGGGGCGAUGAUGGUGAGUGUGGGGUCUGACAUGAUAGGAAGGAUAUGGGAUACGAACAGCAAGAUGUCGAUUAAGCUGGAAGGGCACAGCAGGGAUGUGUUUUGUGUGAGCAUAAACUCGAACGACACGAAGAUAGCGACGGGGUCGGUGGAUUCAACGAUGAAUAUUUACAACACACGCGGGGAGCUCAUGAUGAGGAUUGGGAGUGAGAUGGCACGGAUGCAUCGUGGAUGGAUUAACUGUGUGGCGUUCCAUCCUCUUGACGAGAGUGUGCUUGCAAGCGGAUCGGCAGAUGGGACGGUGAAGAUCUGGAACCUAGAGAUGCAGGAGCAUACACACACGUAUCUUGGGGGGGUGUAUGUUGAUUAUGAGAAAGCAGAGGAAGCAAAGAUGCAGGUGCAGGACUAUGACGAGUCGAAGAGCGUGACGGCGAUGGCAUACUCUUUGGACGGGUCGUUGCUGGCGUAUGGAGACAAGAGCGGAAAGGCGUAUCUUGUGAAGCCAAACACGCAAGAGCAGAUGUGCAGCAUUGAUGUGACUGUUCCGAUACGAUCAAUUGCGGUUGGAGAGACGGAUGCGGUGAUUGGCCUUGGAACGGAUGAGUCUGUGAUUAUUUGGGACACGAUCAGCUCGAAGGUGGUGGCAAGUUAUGAUCUGCGUGAAGUGGGGAAUGGAGUGAAGUGUCUGUCUCUGGUGUUUUCUGGAAGGACGCUCUACUGCGGGCUGUCCAAUGGGAUGAUUGUUGAGCUGGAAUUUAGAAAGUUGGAUUAA